AUGGGCGGUGACAGAAGCACCUGGAGGCAUCAGAUCGCGGCCCUGAGUGAGUCGUUUACGGCAGUGAGCGUGGACUUGCGCGGCUAUGGCGAUAGCGACGAUCCGCCGCAUGCGCUGGCCUUCAAACAGGAUUUCACUGACGACAUCCGUGCCGUGAUUGACCAUUUUGCGGUGCCGCGGGCACACCUGGUGGGGCUUUCCAUGGGCGGACGGGUCGCCCGCGCGGCAAGCCUGUUGAUGCCGGACCGUGUAGCCUCCCUCACGCUCGCCAACACCAGCCCCGGGUUUGCCGGAAUGACGGCCGCAGAGCUUGACGCAUUUGUUGAAGCGCGUUCACGUGUGGGUGAUGGCCAGCAUGUGCCUGUGGACUUUGGUGAAAGUCAGGCAGUGGCCAUGAUGGCGCCGGGCGCGCCUGCAACUGCGAUUGGCAUCGCCGCAACCGCGAUGCAACGCCUGCGUCCGGUCAAUUACCUUGAAGUCCUCAAAGCCUCAACGCUUCAGGACAUGGGCGACCCGCUGGAGCUCAUCGAAUGCCCGGUCCACAUCAUCACCAGUGACCUUGACCGCGUUUAUCCGCAGGCUGUGGCGCUGCAGAUGCUAAAGCGCAUUCCAGGCGCUGUGUUGACCUGCAUCGAGGGUGCGGGCCAUUUGAGCAACCUGGAGAAGCCGCAGGCAUUCAAUGAAGCCCUGCUGUCCUUCCUGCACACAAUGCCUGCCGAAAAAAGCCCUGCCGGGCCAUCUGAUUUAAACAAACACCGGGACUGA